ACGACAAACUGUGACGUGCUGAAAAUAUCCCUUGCUCUAGGCUGGAUGGAGCUCGAUGUGGGAAUGGCCAUACCCAAUUCCUGGCAGUGCUGUUCUCACCUUGCUUCACUCUGAUAUUUUUAUUUGUGGUUGGAGCAAGGGAUUUCCUGCAACGAAAACCUCUUUUUGCUGGCGUCCUUCAACCUGCACAAGCCUCCUUCCGUUCCGGACUAUUGGUGACUUGACCCAGUCCACAUGGCGUAGCGCCAGUGACGCGCCUGGUGAGGUCACGGCGCUGGGCGGUUGACGUCGAGCGCGCCAACUUGAAUGUUUGGAGCCGCGGCGGCGGUUGGGGCAGCUCAAAUGGAGGGAGAAAACCGAGUUGCUUUUCCCAUUUACAAAUUGGAUUAUAUUGUAACUUAUUGUCGCAAACACAUUUUGAGGGGACAAGAAGCUAACCACUUCACAAAAGCUGACAUAUCAAAGCUAGAAGCUGUGCGGCGCUUAUAUGUGAGAGUUCUGCAGUAUAUCUUUGAUGCAAGACCAGAUUGUUUCUACAUGAUGCCUGGAGAUGUAAGCAUGCCUUAUCCUCAACUUUUUGAAAAUUCUGUCCCACUAUUGAAUCUGUAUAUUUGCAUGCAUAACUUAAUAUCGAUAUGCGCAAUUCCAAAUUUUGUGAUGGUUGACUUCUGGAGACCUAGCAAAAAGUGUACCAUUCUCAUCCUGAGUGGUAUCAUCAGUUUUCUUCAAUUCAGAAGGAAAACCCUGGAGACCUAUCUGAACCAACAAAAAAGUUUCAAAUUGAAUUUGGAGAUGAUGCAGGAGAUGCUUUCAUCAAAUGAAGAAAUGAAAUACAGAAUUCAAAGCCUGAACACGAUACCACCUGAGCAACAGGCAAAAAUUCAUGUACUGUCUACUGACAUUACAGAAUUACAGCAAGUGAUAAACUGGGAAUAUCGCCACAAACAAAGUUCUAUUCAAGAUGCUACUACACAACAGAAGGCUGAAAUUGCUGAACAAAACAAAGGGCUGAGCCAGUUGAAAGAGGACUUGGCUAACGAAAAGGAGAGGCAAGCUAAGCUCAAGCCCAUGAUUGUGGAAUGCCCAGAACAACGUAAGAGUGAAAUACAGGCACAGAGGGAGACAGUAGAAAAGAAGAAGGGUGCCUUGCAAAAGAAAAACGAUAGAACAUUGGAACUUCAGGACAAGUUGGCAAACUUUACCAAUUUCCAAAAAAAAGAACUGGAAAAUUACAGCAGUUUCUUGCAACAAUCCCAGACCAGCUAUGACCAAUUAAGCAGCAUUAACACUGAGACUUGGAAAGAAGAAAAUCAGCUGGAUAGAAAAAAACUCGAGUGUGAAAACAUGCAAAAAGAAGAGACUCAGCUGAAAAGGGUUCUCUGUUCAAAAUUAGAAAAGCAAGACAAGCUAACAAUGCAGCUGCUUAAGAAGCGGGAAGCUAGAGAGCAUAACCUUGAUUCAGUAGCCACUAAGUGUGAUCAACUUAAGCUUCAGACCCAGAAAAAGAAUGAGCAGGUUGCUCAAAUAAACAGUGAACGUCAACAUGUCUGAUAAAAAUUAAGCUGUUGCAAGAGAACUGUGAGAAGGAUGUGUCUGA